AAGUUUAAUUAAAAUUUAGGAGCGACGUCUAGCGUGAUGUUGAAAAUUUAAAGUCCAUCAUUUGAAUCUUUAGUGUAUGUGUUUUACACGAUUUAGAUAAGUAUGAGAGAGAAAUUAAGAAUAAUUGUAGAGUAGGUUAUGAAGAUAAGGAAAGAUUCAGAAUGAGUAUCAGAUUAGAUGUGUUCAAGAUAAUUAGAAGAAAUGAAACUAAAGAAGAGAAUAUUUGCUGGUUUAGUGAUGUGUAUGACUGUAGUUGUGCUUCUUGGUCUUUACAUACACUUUUUCCAACCUGAAGUUCAAACAUCUAUGGAGCAUAAUGUAAAUUCAAUAUUAAGGACUAAUUUGGAGAGAAAACAUGUUUCUAAUCAAAAUAUCAGAUUAAGAUUUCAAUCUCCAAUUUCUAAUGUUGCUACUUUGACUGGCCUCAAGAUAAAUGCCAAAUUACAAAAUAUGAAUUUUACUAAAUAUCAGAAGAGUUUGUCUUACAAGAAUAUUUUAGAUUAUUUAUGCAGUGACCUUAAAAUGAAGAUUAAAUUAAAACAAUCACCAUGGACAAUAGCUUCAAACUGGGUAACUUCUAGAGAAAUUCAUCCAGAUCAUAGUAAAGAAAUGGGAAGUAUUGUAACUCAAAUGGUAGAGGGUAAAAUAAUUUCAGCAGAUGUCGGCAGAAAAGGAACUCAGCUAAAAAUAAUGUUAACUCUUGAAGGACAACAGAAAGUAGUGUUUAAACCCAAAAGAUUUCCUAGAGAUCAUAUUAUACAAGGGCAACCAUAUGCAGGAGCAGAUAGACACAAUGGAGAAAUUGCAGCUUUUCAUUUAAACAGGCUGUUAGGGUUCAACAGAACUCCUCUUACAGUUGGUAGAAAAAUUAAUCUUCAGUCAGAAAUAAAACCAAUUGCUUCGUCUGCAUUAUUGAAAACUUUUACAAAACAAGAUAACAACAGUUGUUUUUAUGGCCAUUGCUAUUAUUGCAAACCAUCAGAUCCAGCCUGUGGUGAAGGAGAUGUAAUUGAGGGUGCUAUAAUAUUAUGGCUACCAGAAAGAUUUACGCUUAAGAAAUAUCGUCAUCCGUGGCAAAGAACAUAUAGAGAUAAUAUUUCUGCUCGAUGGGAAGUUGAUCAUGGAUACUGUGAACGUGUCAGAUUGAACCCACUUUAUAAGACAGGACCACGCUUAUUAGACAUAAUUGAUGCUUCAAUCUUUGACUACCUCAUUGGAAAUGCAGAUAGACACCAUUAUGAAGUUUUUGCAGAUGCUCCAGACAGCAUGAUCUUACUACUUGACAAUGGAAAAAGUUUUGGCAAUCCUUAUUGGGAUGAAUUAACAAUUUUAGCACCAUUGUAUCAAUGUUGCAGAAUCAGAUCCAAAACUUAUUUGCGACUUCAAAUGUUCAUUAAUCACUUAGAAGAAUCAAUGAAAGAAAUUUUAUCUUAUGAUCCAAUUUCACCAGUUCUUACAAAGCAUCAUUUAGAAGCGUUUGAUCGUAGAUUAAAAACAAUCAUGGCUGCAAUAGAAGUUUGCUGUGAUGAGAAAGGUCAGUCAAAUGUUGUUGUGGAUGUGUGAUAUGCAUUUUAAUGCCAAAAGAACUUGUUACAUAUCAUAAUAUUGAAAUUGGAUAUCUUUUUACUUUGUAUAAAUCCUUAUAUUUGACUAACCUUUUACUUACACAAACUACAUUAAAUGAAUUACUAUUUAUAUGUGAUCCUUUUAUACUUAUAAAACAUUGAAUGUUAUAUUUACUGUAAACAAGUAUUGUUAUGAUGAUUUAAUAAAUAAAAUCUUCAAAUAUAUUUGUUUAAUUUUUAUUAAUGUGACCUAUUUAUGCAAUAAGAAUUUUAACUUUUUUUGUAUUGGCAGCAUUGGCUACAUUGUUGUGCAAUUAAGGAUUAUCUUACUGUCAAGAAGAAUCUACACUUAAGUGUAAUCUGGACUUUCUUGAUUUUCUGUGAUAGUUCAGAUUGCAAUGUCAUUCUCAAAUCAUCUGAAAUGGCUAAUCUCAUACACAUUAGAAUAACCUUUAAUAGGCAAAAUUAAGUUACUCAAGAUAGCUCGUCAUAUUAUUAACUUUCAUGUUUUCAAAAAAAUGAAUUUUUUUUUAAUAAUUUAAUUUGCUAUAUUAUACGGUAAUACCCUGACUUACGCUACCCCGACUUACGCG